AUGGACUAUGAACGGAUUCCUAUGCAUGAUGUAGACGAUGACAUCUUACUGGACGAGGCCUCACAAUAUUAUGGGGUCGCACCACAUGAGGUUUCACCAGUUGAGGUUUCACUAGUUGAGAUUUCACCAGUUGAGUUACCACCAGUUGAGUUACCACCAGUUGAGUUACCACCAGUUGAGUUAGCACCAGUUGAGGUCUCACCAGUUGAGGUCUCACCAGUUGAGGUCUCACUACAUGAGGUCCCAUCUGUUGAGGUCUCACCAGUUAAGGUCCCACUCCAUGCGAUCUCACCAGUUAAUACCUCACCCUCAUUACAUGAGGUCUCACCACAUGAGGUCUUGCAAGAUAAGGUAUCUGGAAAAGACGGGGGUCGGUCUGGAUGGAUAGCUGUGUUUUCGCUCUGGAUGCAGGCGUUUAUCUGGACAGGGUUAUUUAAAGGUCUUGGUCUAAUGUUACCGAUAUUACAGCAACAGUUCGACACUAAUGGUGCCAUUAUCGGCUGGAUGGUUGGAAUGAUCGGUGCUAUGAUAGGAUUCCUUAGUGGAAAGCCGGAAAAGUCCACUGUCUUUGUUGUUACAGGUCCAUUUUCAGGAGCAAUUGGACGAACGUUUGGGACCGGAGUUGCUUGCAUCAUCUGUGGAACAGCGGUUGGUUUUUCAGCAAUACUUGCAUCCAUUACAGCUAAUGCUCUCCAAAUGGCCAUUAUUUUAACGUUAUUUUUAGGACCUAGUCUUGGUAUUCCUGACAUCCUUCUCAAAGAAGCCGUGGGUCGUCGUUUUGAUAAGAACUAUGUGACAGCUCUCUGCAUUGGGAAGACAGGUACAUCUUUCGGGAUGCUGCUCUUGACUCCUCUAUCGCAGCUGUUCUUAGAUACCUAUGGAUGGAGGGGAACAUUACUCCUUCUUGGUGGCCUCUCAUUUCAUCUAACCGUGUGUGGCGCCCUCAUGAUUUCAACAGACAACAAAACACUGCAAACUACCCACCGAUCAGCUAACGCGACCUUACAAAACCCGACAGCUAAUACAACCCUCCGUGAUCGAUGUAGUGCUGUGUGGAAAAGUGCAGUUCAGAAUCUGGACGUGAAACUGCUCCUGAAUUUACGUUACUGGUCAGUUACGUUUAUGCUCUGCUGCUCACAGUUAAGCUUCGACAUGUGGAUCGUGUACUUUGUUUCCAUGGUUCAGACCAAAGGGUUUUCAGCAGAAGAUGCAGCAACGUUUGUGACGGUUGCUGGUGUUGGGCAUUUACUGGCUAGAGCAAGCCAGGGCUUCAUACUGGACCGAUGGGUGAAAUCUUACAGCAUCCCAAUGGCGAUUUUGUUCUCUACGGCCGGUGCAAUGUUCUUCGCAACGCCUUGGCUGAACUUGUACUGGGAACUGAUGCUGUCAGCAGUGCUUGUUUUGUUUUCCGUUGGUGCUGUUUUGUGUCUUUUUGAAGUUCUUUUUAAGCAGAUCCUCGGAGUGGAAUUGCUGACCGGAGCACUUGGAUGGGCUGGGAUAACAAUUGCUGUACUGAGGUUUACCUUAGUAUUUAUACCAGGUUUGAUGUACGAUCUCUCUGGUAGCUACAACGGUGCAUUUAUCUUUCUCGGUGUCAUGCAAUCUCUAUGCUUGAUUCCACUUGGUUGUCUCAAGUAUUUCAAGAUCAUCCAAUAGGUGGAAUCUUUUCUUUAAAACAUGUUACGUGUAUUAAAUAUUGGACAAUAAGUGUAAGAUCAUCCAAUAGCUGGAAUGUUUUCUUUAAAACAUGUUGUGUAUUAAAUAAUGGACUGUACUGAAUAUUGGGCUAUACGUGUAAGAUCAUCCAAUAGGUAAAACAUUUUCUAUAAAAAAUUGUACGUGUAGUAAAUAUUAAAGCCAUUGGACCCUUUCGGUAAACAGUAUUAAUAAA